AUGGGGUGCGGGGCGUCCGUGCCGGAGACUGGUGUGCCCGCGCCGGCGAACAAGAGCCCGUCGAAGCUGACUGCGGAGAAUGUAGCGAGCGUGGAGCGCGCAGAAGAGGCGGCGCGGACGCCGCGAGGGCGAAUGGAGGACUGGACCGAACAGGACACCGCGGCCUGGCUGGCGAGUUUGCCCUUGGACGACGACGUGAGGGCGAAGCUGCAAGGGUGCAAGGGCACUGACCUCGUGCGGUUCGACAAGGAGCCAAACGCCGCGUCAAAAUUCGACAUCACGGGCGAGAGAGCCGAGAAGCUAGUCGACCAUGUCCGCGCUGCGCUCUACUCCGCGUCCUCGCCGGUGCCGCGCCCCAGCCGGGGAAUCUCGCACGGCUCGCUCGCCUCGAAGCACUCCUUCAAGCGCGUCGCCGCCGCGGCGGACGAGCUCGACGUCAUGAAGCGCACGACCUCGGAACAGCGCCGCGCGGCCCUCCACGACCAGGCCGUGUCGAAGCGCCGCUCGAUCGGCCGGCAGCUCUCCAAGCGCGCGUCCGGCAUCCGGGCGCCCGUCUCCGACGACCUCGACUCGGCCUCGACGCUCACGAACAUGGCGGCGAUCCUCCACGAGCAAGGAAACGUGCAGCGCGCUCUGGAGAUGUACGAACGGGCCCUGGGGAUCCGCGAACGGCUGCUCCCGGCGGAUCACGAGGACACCGCAGCGACCCUGGUCGACAUGGCCGCGGUCCUGCAGGACCUCGACGCGCGCUCGCGCGCCCUCGGGCUGUACCAGCGCGGCGUUGCUAUGUACGAAAAGCGCUACGGCGAGGCCGCGGCCGCGGCGCAGGCGCCGCCGGACGGCGCGCGCCGGCCCGCGCUCCCCGUCGGCCUCGCGCUCGCGACGGCGCUGGCGGAGAUGGCGGCCCUGCAGUGCGAGCUCGCGCAGCACGCGGCCGCCGUGCGCACGUACGAGCGCUGCGCGCAGGUCCGCGGCGCCGAGCUGGGCCCCGCGCACGAGCACACCCUGCUCGCGCUGUCCGACGCGGCGGAGACGUACCGCGAGCUCGGCGACGCCUCCACCGCCAAGGACCUCCACCUCCAGGUGCUGGCGGCGCAGGAGGCUGCCGAGGAGGACGGCGACGCGGGCCUCGUCGCAGCUCCGACGCUGUUCAAGCUCUCGCAGGUCCUGCACGACCUGAAGGAGUACGACGCGGCGAUCGAGACGGUCGAGCGCGUUCUGGCGCUCAAAGUCGACGUGCUGGGCCCCGAUCACGUGGACCUCGAGACGACGCUGCGGCAGCUCGCGAGGUACUACGCGGACGCGGGCGCGAGGGACAAGGCGCUGGAGUGCUACGAGCGCGCGCUGGGGAUCCAGGAGGCGGCGAAGGACCCCGAGCACGUGGAUUGCGCGGUGACGAAGGCGGACAUGGGAGAGCUGCUGCUGGCGAGCGCCGGGGGCGACGAGGACGUUGCGAGGGCGCUGGGGCUGUUCGAGGAGGCGGCGCAGAUCAAGGAGGACGCGUUCGGGCUGGCGGAUGCGGAGACUGCAGCUGCGCUGGCAGACCACGCGCGGGCGCUGGGGCGCGCGGGGCAGCACGGCGCGGCGGUGGAGCGGUGGGAGCGGUGCGUGGAGGCGCUGGAGGGGAAGUACGGGGGCUCGCACGGCGAAGUCGCGACGGCGCUGCACAGCUUGAGUCGCGCGCUGCAGGCGGUGGGCGGGCAGGACGACCGGGCGCUGCAGGUGGCGAAGCGCGCGCUGUUGAUCGAAGGGAGGGCGAUUUCGAAGAUCAGCAGCCUGCGCGGGCUCAACGCGGUGCACGCGACGGCGAGCGGGGCGCUCAGCAUCCCCACCUCGGUCACAGAGGCCGGCGAGGGGUCCGCGGUGGCCGGGUAA